AUGUCAAAAGUAACAGUGCAGGAUAUUGAAGCUGUGGACGACUAUUGGGGACCCACUUUCCGAUCCAUUUUAGAAGGAAAUAACACUGAAUCAAUUUCUGAACAAUUGGAGCAACGUAUACGUAGUCAUGAUAAGGAUAUUGAACGCAUCUGCAAUCUAUAUUACCAAGGAUUUAUAGAUUCAAUACAAGAAUUGUUGCAAGUGCGCACACAAGCUAAGCAACUUCAUGAAGAGGUUCAUACACUGGAUAGAUCGGUGCAGCAAAUAAGCGCAUCUGUGUUGCAGCAGGGGCAAGAUUUAGUGCGUGCUCGUCAAAUUGAAUCAAAUUUGGCAAGCGCUAUUGAUGCACUUCAAGCCUGUCUACCUGCACUUGAGUGCUAUAUUAAAUUUACCCAACAAGCAAACAAUAAGCAGUAUUAUCAAUCGUUACGCACUUUGGAAACUUUGGAAUCACAGCACUUGGUUGGAUUAAACAAUUAUCGUUUUGCCACUCAAAUUCGCCAAGCAAUACCGGUUAUUAAGGAAAAUAUAAGGCGAUCCGCUGAAGCAGACUUUCGAGAAUUCCUGGAAAACAUUCGAAAAUUUUCACCUAAAAUUGGGGAGGUGGCUAUUACGCAUACAAAAAAAUUGCAAAAACUGGAUAUCAACGCAAUUAUUGAGGAGCAUAAGCUAUUGCGACAGCAGGACAAUCGUGAUGAAGAAAAUAAUUUGAGUGCACAAGAUUUAAUAGAUUUCUCUCCAAUAUAUCGUUGUUUACACAUUUACAUGGUAUUAGGGCAGCGUGAGUAUUUUGAGAAGGAUUAUCGUCAACAACGACGCGAUCAGUCCAAGCUAGUUUUGCAACCACCACCGGGUAUGCACGAUAAUUUGGAGGCUUACAAAACUUAUAUUUGUGCUAUUGUCGGAUUUUUUAUUGUGGAAGAUCAUGUGAAAAAUACAGCAGGCGAUGUUGUAACAACCUCAUAUUUGGAGGAUUUAUGGUCCACAUCGUUAACGAAAUUUGUAAAUGAGAUUAGCAUGGCGUCAUCAUCUUGUACGGAUCCAAAUAUUUUGCUACGUAUAAAAAACUUAAUAAUGCUCUCUAUAAAUACUUUUAAAUGUUACGGAUACACAGUGAAUAUGCUAUUCGAGUGCCUUCAUAAUAUGCGUGAUCACUACAACGAGGUUUUGCUGCAACGUUGGGUUCACGUCUUUCGCGACAUAUUGGAUAAAGAGCAAUUUCAGCCCAUGAUCGUUGAAAAUCAGGAAGAAUAUGAGUCAAUUAUUGAACGCUUUCCAUUCCACUCGGAGCAAUUGGAAAAUGCGGCAUUUCCUAAGAAAUUUCCUUUUUCGCGUAUGGUACCUGAAGUCUAUCAUCAAGCAAAGGAGUUCAUGUAUGCUUGCAUGAAAUUUGCCGAGGAGCUUACACUUUCGCCAAAUGAAGUUGCAGCAAUGGUUCGUAAAGCCGCAAAUUUAUUACUGACACGCAGUUUCAGUGGUUGCCUUUCCAUGGUAUUUCGCAAUCCAAGUGUAGCGCUCCCACAACUAAUACAAAUUAUAGUUGACACGCAGUAUUUGGAAAAGGCUGGCCCAUUUUUGGAUGAAUUCGUUUGCCAUAUGACCAAUACGGUGAGUAACAUUUCGCAAACACCCUCGGCUAUGUUUCAUGUGGCUCGGCAGGAAGCUGAAAAACAGGUUGGCGUGCGCAUUUGUUCGAAAAUAGAUGAAUUCUUUGAUUUGGCAGCAUACGAUUGGUUACUUAUCGAACCACCAGGCAUUGCAUCCGCUUACAUCACUGACAUGAUUUCUUAUUUGAAGAGUACGUUCGAUAAUUUUGCAUUCAAAUUGCCCGGCAUAGCGCAAACGGCUUGUCGACGUACCUGUGAGCACAUUGCAAACAAAAUUUAUGAUAUACUCUAUGAUGAGGAGGUGAAACAAAUAUCAACUGGUGCACUACAGCAAAUCAAUUUAGAUCUGUUGCAAUGCGAGUUCUUUGCAGCGUCCGAACCUGUACCUGGUUUACGUGAAGGCGAGCUUUCCAAAUAUUUUCUCAAAAAUCGUCAAUUACUGGACCUACUCAUUAUGGAGGAGUGGAGCACUUAUUUACAUGAUUAUGGCAAACAAGAAAAUCGCUAUCAUUUAGUACAUCCACAAUCGAUUAUUGUUAUUUUGGAAAAGAUACGCGAGGCCGAUAAGAAGACCAUGUUUUCGGUAUUGCGUAAAAAUGAUAAAAAGAAGCUCUUGGACACAGUGCUGAAACAAUUGAAACAUCUGACUGAACGACAGAAUUAAACCGUUAAAAACUUUAGACCGAUACCAAUAAUAUAAUUUAUAAAUAUUUUACUAGGAAAUCAAAAA